AUGCUACAUAACAGAAGGCCUAACCUUUACCAGCACAUUUCUGAGUUCACGCCAAAGUUUGUGAACAAGCUCAGUGCUGGGCAUGCUGACAGAACGCUGGCUUGGAGACACGAUGUUAUUCCAGACAAGAGCAACAAGAACUUCUCUACUACUUUGAUAUACUCUCAAGGCAGUGACAUAUACGAGUUCAAAGGUGUUUUCCCUUUGGACAUCCUGCCAUACACUCCUGUUGAAGAGCAAGCCUCUGACGAAAGUGCCAAGGUUGAAGAAGGUAAAUACGGUAUUGUGCAGGAUGCAGAUGUUGUGAACAGUGCCAAGUGGGUAUAUCAAGGUGAGACUGUCGCCAAGAUGACUUACCUUGAUGAUUUAAACGACAACGCAUUGAUUGCGAUGUCCAAGAAUGGUUCUUUGGCUUGGUUCAAGGACGAUUGCAAAGUGCCAGUUCAUAUCGUCCAGGAGAUGAUGGGACCAUCUACUAGCUUUGCUAGUAUGCAUUCUGGACAGAAACCAGCAGAAUUGGCUGUUUCUGAUUUCUCUCUAUCAAUGGACAGUGAAACCAUUGUAAAAUCGCAAAGCAACGGCUACGAAGAAGAAAGUAUCUUGAAGAUUAUUGAUAACUCGGGCAAACCUGGUGAAAUCUUACGCACAAUGAAAGUCCCUGGAACUGUAGUUACACACACGGUCAGAUUCUUCGAUAAUCAUCUAUUUGCAUCCUGCUCUGACGAUAACGUUAUCAGAUUUUGGGAUACUAGAACAGAUGAUAAGCCAAUCUGGAUUUUGAGUGAACCACAAAAUGGUAGAUUGACAACUUUCGAUGUCUCGCCAAUAACUGAAAACCUGUUUGCAACUGGUUUCAGCACGGGUUUGAUUAAAUUAUGGGAUGCCCGUGCUACAUAUGAAGCAACUCAAGAUUUAUCCUACAGACAAAAUGGUGAAGACCCAAUUCAAGUUGAGAUGGCAAAGGUGUUUCAUUCUGGUGGUGAUUCGGUCGUUGAUAUCAAGUUUUCCGAAACUUCUUCUAGUGAAUUUGUCACUGUGGGUGGUUCCGGUAACAUUUAUCACUGGGAUAUGGAAUAUCUAUUCUCUAGAAAUGAUGAUGACAACGAGGAUUAUCUGCCAAGCUUGGAACCAGAAGAAUUACAAAGUCACUGUUUGAAGUUCUGCCAACCAAGCCGUGUUAAGAGCGGCUCCAGAAACACUGUAGCUUUGCAUCCUAUGGUGCACGACCUGAGCGCUACUAUUUCAUCCAAGAACUCCAUUACUGUUUACAAGCCCUUUGAUGGAACUGAAUUCAGUAAGAACGACUGA